GUUGGUUCAGAAUUAAUAAUUAUUAACCGAGUAUAAAUAAAAUGAGAUGAUACGUGAAAAUUGAAAAUGAAACCCUUUUGCUGAAAAAGAAAAACGAAUAGGAAUUCAACAGCCUGACUUUGAUCAAUCAAAAUCAACCCACCUCUUCUACGGCUUCAAAUCUACCGAAUGAUAUACAAACAAACGGAUGCUAAUUGCUUGAUCCCUCUUCUUCUUCUACGAUCAACAACAAGAUAACCUAAUUGUUGUUAUUCAUACGUCAUGGAUGAUUACUUCAAGGACGACUUUUCGCAGCUCAUCAAGAGGAUUGGGGCCAAACUCUCUCAAUUAUUAAACAUCCAGGAUUUACCAUCAGUGUGGGGUUUGGGGGUUCUUGUUGCUGCUGUAAUUUUUACAUGUAGACUGUUGUGGGCCCCUAGUGGUCCUCAAAGAAGACAACAUAAAGUUCAAACUCCCACACCACGUAAUUCUGGAGUCAAUAAUAGUCAACCAAAUGCAAGUCAUUUACCUUCUGGAAUUGAAGAUUCAACACCAACUGUUAUAAAUGAGGCGUUACAGCAUGUAAAGCCAACAUUGGGACAAAUUGUCAGACAAAGGUUAACUGAUGGAAGGAAGGUAACUUGCCGGUUGCUUGGGAUUAUACUUGAGGAAAGUACUCCAGAGGAGCUUCAGAAUAAAGCAACUGUUAAAUCCUCUGUUUUGGAGCUUCUACUAGAGAUGACCAAAUUAUGUGAUCUUUAUCUCAUGGAAACUGUUCUGGACGAUGAAACUGAAAAGAGGGUUUUAACAGCAUUGGAGAAUGCAGGGAUUUUCAUGUCCGGUGGCUUGGUCAAAGAUAAGGUGCUGUUUUGUAGCACAGAGAUUGGACGGACUUCUUUUGUUCGUCAAUUGGAACCAGAUUGGCAUAUAGAUUCAAAUCGCGAAAUUAAUUCUCAAUUGGCGAGGUUCAUCAAAUGUCAGCUUCAUAUUUCACCGACAGAAACCGAGCGCAUUGCUUCUAAUGUGUUCAGUUCUUCUUCAUUGGAGCAAUUCUUUGGUAUUUGACUUCUUGAAGUCAACAAUGCAAAUAUGUAUAUCUCUAUUUUCAGCUGUAUGGCUGCAGUGUAUAACUAUAAUACAUGAGAGAUGAUGUAUGUGCAGUAGUUCUGCUUAACUAUUACCAUUUCUUGAUAUAUAUAUACUAUAUUCAAACA